AUGACAACAACUCUUUCAAUUCCACUCAACAUCUUCUUCUUCCAUCAAACUCAAUCCGCACCCACUUCUUCGUUUCUUCAUCCUCAAACCGUUACCUUUUCUCGUAGAAAAACUACUCUAAAAACCGCUUGUUCCGGUUCACAACAAAACCCCCAACAACAACAAAAGCAGCAGAAGAAGAAACAGUUAAAUACCACUGAUUCUGAUGGUGAAAAGGGUUAUGACCCUGUUGGGUUUCUCGUCAAACGUGGUAUUACUCAUAAGGCAUUUGCUCAGUUUCUUCGUGAAAGAUAUAAAGCAUUGAAAGACCUGAAAGAUGAAAUUUUGAAACGGCACAUGAACUUCAAAGAGAUGGCUUCUGGGUAUGAGUUAUUGGGCAUGCAUCGUCAUCCAGAACAUCGGGUGGAUUAUAUGGAAUGGGCUCCAGGAGCUCGCUAUUGCGCAAUUACCGCCGACUUCAAUGGUUGGUCAGUUACAGAAAAUUGUGCAAGAGAGCAUUACUUUGGUCAUGAUGAUUUCGGAUACUGGUUUAUUAUUCUUGACGAUAAGCUGAGAGAGGGAGAAGAGCCGGAUGAACUUUAUUUUCAGCAGUAUAACUAUGUAGACGAUUAUGACAAAGGGGAUAGUGGAGUCACCAUUGAAGAGAUUUUUAAAAAAACUAACGAUGAGUACUGGCAACCGGGUGAAGACCGUUAUCUAAAAAACCAUUUCGAAGUUCCAGCUAAGUUGUAUGAGCAGAUGUUUGGUCCCAAUGGACCUCAAACAAUGGAGGAGUUAGGAGACAUACCGGAUGCAGAAACAAGGUAUAAGGAAUGGGCGGCAAAGAAUGGACCUUCCCCUUAUGCUGUAAUUGACGAUGGCAAGAAUUACGACAUAUUUAAUGUGAAAGUUGAUCCAGAAUGGCAAGAGAGAAUUCGUGCACUGAAACCUCCUAUAGCGUAUUGGCUUGAGACACGUAAAGGUAGGAAGGCGUGGUUGAAGAAGUAUAUUCCUGGUAUUCCUCAUGGAAGCAAGUACAGGGUUUACUUUAACACUUCAAAUGGACCAUUGGAGCGAGUACCCGCUUGGGCUACAUAUGUGCAGCCAGAGUUAGAUGGAAGGCAAGCUUAUGCAAUUCAUUGGGAACCACCUCCUGAAGAUGCAUACAAAUGGAAAAAUCAAAGCCCGAAAGUACCAAAGUCAUUGCGGAUAUAUGAAGCUCAUAUUGGAAUCAGUGGAUCUGAGCCAAAAAUAUCCUCGUUCAACGAUUUUGCAGACAAGACUCUUCCUUAUAUAAAAGAAGCUGGAUACAAUGCAAUCCAGUUGAUAGGAGUUGUCGAACACAAGGAUUAUUUUACUGUUGGUUACCGUGUUACCAAUUUUUAUGCUACUAGUAGUCGAUAUGGCACUCCUGAUGACUUCAAGCGAUUAGUCGAUGAGGCACACGGACUAGGACUGCUUGUUUUCAUGGAAAUCGUCCAUUCAUACGCCGCUGCAGACGAGAUGGUUGGAUUAUCAUUGUUCGAUGGAUCUAACGACUGUUAUUUUCAUUCUGGUAAACGGGGACAACACAAGUACUGGGGAACCAGAAUGUUCAAAUAUGGCGACGUUGAUGUUCUUCAUUUCCUUCUAUCAAACUUGACCUGGUGGAUAGAGGAGUAUCAAAUAGAUGGUUUCCAGUUUCAUUCACUUUCAUCUAUGAUAUAUACUCACAAUGGUUUUGCUUCUUUUACCGGUGACUUGGAGGAGUACAGCAACCAAUAUGUUGACAAGGAUGCACUAUUAUAUCUUAUCAUGGCCAAUGAGAUACUACAUGUUCUUCACCCAAAUAUUGUCACAAUAGCGGAAGACGCAACAUAUUAUCCUGGAUUAUGUGAGCCAACUUCUCAAGGUGGACUGGGAUUUGAUUACUACGUCAACCUUUCUGCCCCUGAGAUGUGGUCAACUUUUCUUGAGACCGUUCCUGACCAUGAAUGGAGCAUGACUAAGAUUGUUAACACAUUAGUUUCAAAAAAGGAAUAUGCUGAUAAGAUGCUCUUGUAUGCAGAAAAUCACAACCAGUCCAUAUCUGGAAGGCGAUCACUUGCAGAAGUAUUGUUCGGUGAAAUUGACGAGCUUUCAGAACAUUAUAAGGAGUCUUUAUUGAGAGGCUCUUCAUUACAUAAAAUGAUCAGAUUGAUCACGUUAACAAUUGGCGGCUGUGCGUAUAUGAACUUCAUGGGCAAUGAAUUUGGGCAUCCAAAGAGAGUUGAGUUUCCAACGUCAAGCAACAACUACUCAUAUUCGCUUGCCAAUCGUCAGUGGGAUCUUUUGGAAAAAGACGGAGUUCACCGUUAUUUAUUUACCUUUGAUAAGGACAUGAUGAAGCUGGAUAAAAAUGAGAGAGCGCUCUCGCGGGGUUUUCCAUCCUUUCACCAUGUUAAUGACAGUUCAAUGGUCAUAUCUUAUGUGAGAGGUCCCCUUCUCUUCAUUUUCAAUUUUCAUCCAACAGAUUCUUAUGAUAGUUACACAGUAGGUGUAGAAGAAGCCGGGGAAUAUCAACUUAUUCUGAACACGGAUGAAAUAAAGUAUGCUGGUCAGGGGAUCCUUAAAGAGGAUCAAUAUUUUCAAAGAACUAUAAGCAGAAGAGUCGAUGGCCAUCGAAACUGCAUAGAGGUGCAACUCCCUAGCAGGACUGCUCAGGUUUACAAGUUAAAGCGCAUUUUGAGAAUAUGA